AUGUUCACUCCGAAAGCCGGAUUCUUGUGUGCUCUCGUCGCUGCCGCGGUGACCACGGUCAAGGCCCACUACACGCUGCCCGACCUCAUCAUCAGCGGCUCGGUGAGCUCUGACUGGGAGUACGUCCGCGAGACCCAGAACCACUACACCAACGGACCCGUCACGGACGUCACCAGUCAGCUCAUCCGCUGCUACGAGAACGACACCGCCUCGGCCACUUCGACCGCCACCGUCUCGGCUGGUGACACCGUCGGCUUCCAGGCCAAUGGCGACUUCUAUCAUCCUGGAUACUUUUCGGCAUAUAUGUCAGCCGCCGGUCCUGCAGCGGACGCGGAGUCCGCUAGCCUGGGACAGACCUGGUUCAAGAUCUGGGAGAACACACCGUCAUACACCCCUGGUGUCAACGGCCAGCCUGGUACCCUGAAUUUCAACUUCGAAGACUCGAACCAGAUUACGUUCCGCAUUCCCCCCAGCCUGCCGAGCGGACAAUACCUCAUUCGUGGCGAGCAGAUCGCCUUGCACGUGGCGAGCACUUACGGCGGAGCGCAGUUCUACAUAGGCUGUGCGCAGCUAAACGUCGAGAACGGUGGUAACGGAUCCCCCAGUCCUCUCGUGUCCUUCCCGGGUGGUUACACCGGCUACGAGCCCGGAAUCCUGAUCGACAUCUGGGACCUCCCAAGCAACUACACUGGCUACCCGGCUCCCGGGCCGGCUGUCUGGAACGAGUGA